CGAAAUAACGAAGAACACUUUUCUGAAAUAUUAUUUAUGGUGGUAGUUUUGCUGAAAACGUAUAAAAAUAUCGAUAUUUAAAAUAGGCAAUCCCAAAUGGAAGAAGUUGCUUCCUGUUUUCAUAUAUUUGUUACUGGUCAAAUUGAAUAUGCUGCAUUUCCUAUGGGACCUAAUGCGUCGGAAGUGUUUUGUCGUUUUGAAAUAUUUGCAGGAAAAGAUUGGGAACAUGUUAGUGGAUUAAAAAAUGGUAUUUCACAAAGCUCAGUUGCCAAAAGGGGUUGUAAAGAGAUAACUUUAAAUAUGCCGAUAGAAUUUGUUUAUAAAUCUACAAACCCAUAUGGAUGGCCAAAAUUAGUUUUUUGUGUUUAUGGGAAAAAUUUUUGGGGAGCUGAAACAUCAUUGGGUUAUGCUCUCAUUCAUGUUCCAAUAUUUGGUUAUAAAAGAAAAAUAAAAACGCCAAUUUUAAUACCAAGAUGCUCAAAUUUACUUGCGGAAUUAAGCACUUGGAUAACUGGCAAGAAUCCUGAAUUGAAAAAUCCGGAGGUAAUUGCAGAAGGAAUUAAAACGAAAGGUCUUCAAGUUGAAUCUUACGGAGAAUUAGUUCUGUCUCUACAAACGAUGUCCCGUGGUUCAAAUAGAAUGGGUUAUGAUUCAGGGAAAAUUCAGUAAAACAAAGGUGUAAAGGAAAACAUAAUAAAAUAAUAAGACGAAAUUAAAUCAAAUUUUAUAUUAUUUAAUUAUUAAUAAA